AUGGACAGCAUGCAAAUUUCUAUGGCAGAGUCCAACUCAACAUCUCCAUCGAUUCCAUCUACAUUAAUUGCAACUUCAGCCACAGUUCCACCCGCUCAACCUCCAUCCUCCAAACCGAACCAAUUGUCCCCCGGACAAAAGCGAUCUGCAAACGAAGACAAUACGCCUAGUACUACGCCUGCUUUUGACCAGGCUGCUCCGAACCCAUCCCUGAACCCAACUCCGAUAUACGCCGAUGACAAAGAGAAUGGAGGAAAUUCUCUAGGCUUGAAGCAUGGCCACGGCACACUGAAUAACCCCACACUGGCAGGCAGUGCCACAACCACAACUGAAGCAAGUCUAGCUGUGCCUGCUACCAAUAUGGGGCAGGCUCAGUCUCAGGCGGGCACCCCGCCUGCUAAAAAGCGAAAGUUGUCACCUGCCGAGAAGGAGGCCAAACAGCAGGAGAAGGAGGCAAAAGAGCGUCAGAAGAUAGAGGAAAAGGCUAGGAAAGAUGAAGAGAGAGCUAAGAAAGAAGAAGAGAAGCGCAAACGAGAUGCAGAGAAAGAAGAGGAGCGAAAGAAGAGAGAGGAGAAAAAGAGGGCCAAGGACGAGGAGAAAGCCGCUAGGGAAGAAGAGAAGCGAAAGAAAGACGAAGAGAAACUGAAGAAGGAGAGGGCACAAAUGAAGUUAAACUCUUUUUUCGCGAAACCCAAGGUCCCUACCGAGCAAUCCUCAACCGUUGGCGGCUCGCCAAAGAAGUUGUCUGGUGAUGGGAUCUCUGCUGGGUCGUUCAAAAGUGCUCGAGAAGUCUCUGACUAUCAGCGGGAGUUUCCCAACUUCUUUUUACACGCAAACACCACUCUCGCACCGCCGCACAGAUUCGAAAGGGAUGCGCUAGCCCUCGCUCAUUUACAGGAGAAGGUUGACGCGUCUUUCAAUAUCGAAACAGCUGAACAACUGACCUUCCGACCAUCUGAGCUGUUCAAACUAAUGCCGUACAAAAGGAGACGUGGCCAACAGAAGAUGUCAGUCAGGGACAUUUUGUUCCAGAUGCAGAGCCUGAGUGACUUGCCAGAAACCUCGGAUGCUGCUCGAAGGCUACAGGAAUCACUUAAGCAAGUGCGCAUGAAAUCAUUGAAGUUUGGAGAAGAUGUCCGGCCGCCAUACCAAGGAACCUAUACGAAGAAUCUGUCCAGAGAAGCGGCGUCAAAGCUAAUGCGAAACCCAUUCCGUCGUGAGCUGCCUGAGGUCAAUUAUGACUACGACUCUGAAGCAGAAUGGGAGGAUGCCGAAGAAGGAGAAGAGUUGGAUUCCGAGGAAGAAGAGGAGGGUAGCGAAGAUGGCGACGAGGACAUGGAUGGUUUCCUCGACGAUGAAGAUGAUCAUCUAGCAAACGGAAAGCGGCGUUUGCUUGUGGGUGGCGAUCUUGAACCUGUCUGCAGCGGCAUAAAAUGGCAGGAUCAGGGACUCGAUCCAGAACUGCAGGCCUACAAGCUUGAGACCAUCCUACCCUCUGUUACAUUCCCGAUCGACCCGUUCUCGUCGUCAAACUGGUGCAAGCCCACCAAGGCUCCAGAGCCUGGAAUGACCAACGUCAACGGCCUGGGACAACGUCCGACAUGGAACUAUUACACGGUGAACCCGGUAUCACGGAACUCGGCCUUCGUGGCUAUGCAGAGUGGAAAGAGGGCGCCCGGCAACCCUAAGCGGGACUUCCCGCCUGACCAACUCGGGGAAUUCAAGACCGUUGUUGAAGGAAGCGAUCUAACCAAGACCGGCUUGAUCGAAGUCUUGAAGAAACGAUUUCCAAAGGUGUCCAAGAACACUCUAAAAGACACUUUGGACUCGGUUGCGACGCGGAUUGGACAAAAGGAAGCCGACAAGAAAUGGGUCUGCAGGUAG